UAUGAGAAAUGGUUUGGGAGAAGUAGCGGAUUGCCUGUCUGUUAAAGAUGGUAAACCCCAACUACAACUUUUCACGAUGGACAGGUUUAAACGUAUUGCUGAAUACAAAACUGGGUUUUACAUUUUUUAUUUACCAAUAGCUUUAGCCAUGUAUAUGGCAAACAUAUAUGACCUGGAACUCCACAGAAAGUCGGAAGAUUUGUCUAAAGAUUUGACAUUUCUGUAUCAGGUGCAGAAUGACUUCUUGGACUGUUAUGGUAACCCAGAGAAAAGUGGUAAAAGGGGAACAGACAUUGAGGAAGGUAAAUGUACAUGGCUGGCUGUAAUGGCCAUGAAAAAAGGAAAUCAUUCUCAGAUAGAAACGAUGAAACAGUGUUAUGGUUCUAAAGAUCCUGAAGCAAUAACAACAGUUUUAAACUUAUUUGAAGAACUAAAUCUGAAAGAUAUCUACCAAAGUUCUGUGGAAAAAUCUGUCAAUCAGUUACGAAAAAACAUCUCGCAAAACAUCAGUAAUGAAAAUUUACAGGCAAUCUACUUUAAAAUUCUAAAAGCACUUGAGCAAAGACCCUGUUAAGCAAUUACAAGUGCGUAGGUUUUGGAUAAUUGAUGCUAACAAUUUCGCGAAUAUUUUUAACGAUAAAUUGACUAUUUUUUAACACAUAUGGAAAUUAAAUAAUCCGUAAUUAUUGCUUGUACAAAGUGGAUUACAAUGUGUGAUGAUGGAAGAAUUGUUAAAAUAAAGAAAUUUUCUCAUUUUGCGUACAUGUCAAUUCGCUGCCAACAAACGCCGGUUUUGCCGGUCUAAGUUAUAAAAAAUUCCGUUGUUUAAAUUAUUUACUUGCUUUUAAGACUAUCUUUAACGCUAAUAUCAGUUUUUAAUUUUUUAGCGCCUUAUCUCUUUAUUUGUUCUUGAAAAAGCAAUAAGUGUAUUAAACCUAUUUGCUAAAAUCACAAAUUUUAUUCUGUGAUAACAUCAUUCGUAUGUGGCAAAAAAGAAAGAAGUUUAAACAAUAACAAUUAAAAUACAAGUGUGAGAGUAUAAUAUUAUAUGAAGUUUAAGCAACUUUGAAUUUAUAAUAAGGCACACUAGGCACUGGCCUAGGGCAUCAAAGUUGGAGGGGCCCCAAAACCUUUGGAAAUGUAUAUUUAAAAUAAA